GUGCUGGAGCCGGGGCGGGGCCGCGCGGCAGGCGGGGCGCGAGUGGGGGGCGCAGCUAGACAGCGGCCGAGCAGCGCACAGCGUCGGAGAGGCCCCGCAGCCAUGGCGGUGGAAGGAGGAAUGAAAUGUGUCAAGUUCUUGCUCUACGUUCUCCUGCUGGCCUUUUGCGCCUGUGCAGUGGGAUUGAUUGCCAUUGGUGUAGCCGUUCAGGUUGUUUUGAAUCAGACCAUUACCCAUGAGGCUACUCCCGGCUCCCUGUUGCCUGUGGUCAUCAUUGCAGUGGGUGCCUUCCUCUUCCUGGUGGCCUUUGUGGGCUGCUGUGGGGCCUACAAGGAGAACUACUGUCUUAUGACUACGUUUGCCAUCUUCCUGUCUCUUAUCAUGCUUGUGGAGGUGGCUGUGGCCAUUGCUGGCUAUGUGUUUAGAGAUAAGGUGAAAUCAGAGUUUAAUAAGGACUUCCGGCAGCAGAUGCAGAAUUACCUCAAAGACAAUAAAACGGCCCCAAUUCUGGACAAGUUGCAGAAAAAGUUUCAGUGCUGUGGGGCUACUAACUACACAGAUUGGGAGAACGUCCCUGGCAUGACCAAGGACAGAGUCCCUGAUUCCUGCUGCGUCAACAUCACCGAGGGCUGUGGAACUGAUUUCAAGAAGCCUAUGAUCCAUACCCAGGGCUGCCUGGAGAAGAUUGGGAUCUGGGUGAGGCAGAAUAUACUGUUGGUUGCUGCAGCAUCCUUGGGCAUUGCAUUUGUGGAGGUCCUGGGAAUCAUCUUUGCCUGCUGUCUGCUGAAGAGUAUCCGAAGUGGCUAUGAAGUAAUGUAGGGGUCUGGCCUCUUGUCAUCUAAAGGAGUGCAUUCUCCAGGGUCUCCAUGUAGCCUCAGCUGGCUUGGAACACUGUGUGUAGACCAGGCU